AUGAAUUCUGUGCUAUUAGAAGCAAGGGAGCUGCCUAUAUUAAGAAUGAUGGAUUUCAUCCAGGUGAAGCUGCAACGUUGGUUUUAUGAAAGAAGAAAUGAAGCAGAAGUAACUUUUUAUGACGUUUCUUGUUGGGUAGAAAAGGAAUUGAAGAAAAAGAUAGAUUUAGCAUUUACUUCUAAUGUCUUCCCUGUUGAUUCAUGGCGCUCUAGAGUUGAGGAAGAAGGAAUUACUUUCUUGGUGGACUUAAACAAAAGAACAUGUGAUUAUUUUCAGUUUCAAUUUGAUGAAUUACCAUGCAUACAUGCAAUUGCAGCUAUUGAGAAGAGAAACAUCAAGAAGUCCAACUUUUGCUCGCACUGGUACUUAAAGGAAUCUUGGCUGAAAACAUAUGAAAGACAAAUACAUCUGUAG